AUGAUAGAAGGAGUAAGAAUCCGGCUGAGCGGGUGGCAACAGGCGGCGGUUGCGGUUGGUUCCGCGGUGGGUGCGUUGUUAGAUCCACGAAGAGCGGAUUUGAUCGCGGCGCUUGGAGAAACAACUGGAAAACCUGCUUUUGAAAGAGUUCUUGAAAGAAUGAAGAAGAGCCCUGAAGGAAGAGCAGUUCUCUUGGAGAGACCUCGUGUCAUAUCUGCACAAGUGGGGCAUGCUUGGGAUUUGCCAGCCAAUACAUUUGGUGCUGCCUAUGCAAGAUUCAUGGGAUCCAGAGACUUUUCCCCGGAUGACCGUCCACCGGUGCGAUUCAUGGAAACUGAAGAACUGGCAUAUGUUGCGAUGCGGGCUCGCGAGGUUCACGAUUUCUGGCACACCCUUUUUGGCCUGCCUACUAACUUGAUCGGAGAGUCAGCUCUCAAGGUGAUUGAGUUCGAGCAAAUGUACCUUCCAAUGUGCCUGAUGUCUGUUGUUGGAGGCACGGCAAGAUUUACGGAAAAGCAGAGGAAAUUGUUCUUCCAGCACUACUUCCCAUGGGCUGUUCGGGCUGGCUUGCAGAGCAAAGAUCUCAUGUGUGUGUAUUAUGAGAAGCACUUUCACGAAGAUUUGGAGGACGUCCGCAGAAAAUUGGGGAUAACUUCUGUUCCAGCUGCCCCCAGUUAA